GCUAAUUAAUUUUUCCAAAGGCUGGGAGGGCUUCACUCCAGCCCAGGAACUUGCUGCCGCCACCAGCCCUUCUGCACUGCACAGACCAGUCGCUGGGGCCCCUCCACUGCAAUAAAAUGUUUGACGGCUCCCUCCUGCCUCUCUUAUUUCCUUUCCUGCUGCUCUGGGGACUGGACACCACCGCAGCCGGCGGCGCGGAGCUGGAAGUGGCCAUCCCGCAGCGAGUGGCGCUGGAGAAGAUCCACCUGCUGCAGCCGGCCGGGGCCGGGCACGGGAGCAGCCCCCGGCGCCGGCGCUCGCCGCCCGAGGAGGAGGCCGUGCUGCUCCGCCUGCCGGCCUCCGGCCGGGAGCUCUACCUGCACCUCCGGCGGGACCUGCACUUCCUCGCGCGGGGCUUCGCGGUGGAGGAGCCGGGAGAGGCCCGGGCCCGCAGCCGCCCCCCGGCCGAGCAGCUCUGCUUCUACACGGGACACGUGCUGAACCGCAGCGACUCCUUCGCCUCCGUCAGCACCUGCGCCGGGCUGAUUGGCUAUAUCCAGAUUGGAACAGAACAGCUGCUAAUACAACCUGUAAAUAUCUCGGAGACCUCAUUCAGUGGAAGAGAGCAUUUCAUCAGGCACAAACGAUCCUCAAAAUCCACCUAUCCUGCUAAGGCCCAGGUCCCUGCCGAGCACUGCAAAGUCAUAUCAGAAAAGAAGAGACAAAAGAAGAUGAAACCAGUGAAUGACUGGAGAGAGCGAAGAAAUGCCAUCCGACUCACCAAUGAGUAUACAGUAGAAACCCUGGUAGUGGCUGAUGCUGAUAUGGUGCAAUACCAUGGUGCUGAGGCAGCCCAAAGGUUCAUCCUCACCGUUAUGAACAUGGUGUACAAUAUGUUUCAGCACCAGAGCCUUGGAAUUAAAGUCCGCAUUCGAGUGACCAAGCUAGUUCUCCUUCGAAACCGUCCUGCAAAACUGUCCAUUGGGCACCAUGGAGAGAGGUCUCUGGAGAGUUUCUGUCACUGGCAAAAUGAAGAGUAUGGUGGAGCAAAGUAUCUUGGCAAUAAUCAGGUUCCUGGUGCAAGAGAUGAUACCCCUCCUGUGGACGCUGCUGUCUUUGUUACCAGGACAGAUUUCUGCGUACACAAAGAUGAACCCUGUGACACAGUGGGGAUCGCUUACCUGGGAGGUGUAUGCAGUGCCAAGAGGAAGUGUGUGCUUGCUGAAGACAAUGGCCUUAAUCUGGCAUUUACCAUAGCACAUGAACUGGGGCACAACAUGGGGAUGAGCCAUGACGAUGAUCAUUUGUCCUGCGCAGGAAGAUCUCACAUAAUGUCUGGAGAAUGGGUGAAGGGCAGGAACCCUAGUGACCUUUCUUGGUCUUCCUGCAGCCGUGACGACCUUGAAAACUUCCUAAAGUCCAAGGUGAGCACCUGUUUGCUGGUAACAGACCCUCGAAGCCAGUAUGCCGUGCGGCUUCCUCACAAGCUGCCAGGGAUGCACUACAGCGCUGAUGAACAGUGCCAGAUCCUAUUCGGGACCAAUGCCACUUUCUGUAAGAAUAUGGAGCAUUUGAUGUGUGCUGGGCUGUGGUGCUUGGUGGAAGGAGACACGUCUUGUAAAACCAAGCUGGACCCCCCUCUGGAUGGCACAGAAUGUGGCGCAGACAAGUGGUGCCGAGCUGGGGAAUGCGUCAGUAAAACUCCCAUUCCUGAGCACGUCGAUGGAGACUGGAGCAUGUGGAGUCAAUGGAGCAUGUGCAGCCGGACAUGUGGCACCGGUGCCCGAUUCAGACAGCGGAAAUGCGACAAUCCCCCCCCUGGGCCAGGAGGCAAGAACUGCCGGGGAGCCAGUGUGGAACACACAGUUUGUGAAAAUUUACCCUGCCCUAAAGGAGCGCCUAGCUUCAGGGACCAGCAAUGCCAGUCUCAUGACAGAUAUACCAACAAGAAGAAAAGCCUCUUGACAGCUGUCAUCAUUGAUGAUAAGCCGUGUGAACUCUUCUGCUCUCCUCUGGGGAAGGAGUCCCCUGCGUUGGUGGCAGACAGGGUUCUCGAUGGUACUCCAUGUGGGCCUUAUGAGACUGACCUCUGCGUGCACGGCAAGUGCCAGAAAAUCGGCUGCGAUGGGAUCAUUGGCUCAGCUGCCAAAGAGGAUCGUUGUGGAAUCUGCAAUGGAGAUGGCAAAACCUGUAAAGUGGUGAAAGGAGACUUCAACCACACCAAGGGGAUGGUAACCAAUAGUCAUUGUAAGAAGGUUUCCACGUGUGUGAUGGCAAAGGCAAAGGCUGUUCCCAAGUGUUUCUCGUGUUAUAUUGAAGCAGCUGUGAUCCCUGCGGGUGCUCGACGGAUCCGAGUGGUGGAGGAUAAACCUGCCCACAGUUUUCUGGCUUUAAAAGAUUCCAGUAAGAGAUCCAUUAACAGCGACUGGAAAAUUGAGCUUCCUGGUGAGUUUCAGAUCGCAGGCACUACUGUCCGGUACGUGCGAAGGGGUCUAUGGGAGAAAAUGUCUGCCAAAGGACCAACUAAAAUACCACUGCACUUGAUGGUGCUGUUAUUUCAUGACCAGAAUUAUGGAAUUCAUUACGAAUACACCAUUCCUGUCAACUAUACCGCCGAAAACAGAAGCGAGCCAGAAAAACAACAGGAUUCUUUGUACAUCUGGACACACAGCGGAUGGGAAGGAUGCAGUGUGCAGUGUGGAGGAGGUGAACGUAAAACCAUUGUGUCCUGUACUAGGAUCGUUAACAAGACCAUGAUGCUGGUGAAUGACAGUGACUGCCAGCGUGUGAUGCGCCCUGAACCCCAAGUCAGGAGAUGUAACACACACCCCUGCCAGUCACGGUGGGUGACAGGCCAUUGGAGUUCUUGCUCUGCGACCUGCGAGAAAGGCAUCCAGUACCGGGAAGUGACUUGUGUUUAUCAGUUGCAGAAUGGCACCUAUGUUAACACCAGAGACCUCUACUGCCUGGGCCACAAACCCACGCCAAUACAAAGCUGUGAAGGCCAGGACUGCCUUUCUAUCUGGGAGGCUUCAGAAUGGUCAAAGUGCUCGGCAGAUUGCGGCCGGGGAAUCCAGAAGAGAACAGUAAUGUGCACGAAUUCUCAAGGGAAAUGCGAUGCGGCCACCAGGCCAAGGGACGAGGAAGAGUGUGAGGAUCACACAGGCUGUUAUGAGUGGAAAACAGGGGAUUGGUCUAAGUGCUCCUCAACCUGCGGGAAGGGCCUCCAGUCACGUGUGGUGCAGUGUAUGCACAAAGUCACCGGCCGCCAUGGCAACGAGUGCCCUGUCCUAUCCAAGCCAGCAGCCUACAGGCAGUGUCACCAAGAGGUCUGCAAUGAGAAGAUAAAUGUCAACACAAUUACCUCGCCCAGACUCGCUGCUCUCACAUAUAAGUGUACAGGGGACCAGUGGACAGUGUACUGCAGGGUGAUCCGUGAGAAGAACCUGUGCCAAGACAUGAGAUGGUAUCAACGCUGCUGCCAGACAUGCAGAGACUUUUACGCAAACAAGAUGCAGCAGAAGAGUUAAUGAAUUGGUGCUGCUGCUUAGGGUAUUACAGCUAUUUCUAUGUAAAUCACGAACGAGCAGCUCUGAGUACUGGAACUUAAUGAGUUGCUACGAUGUGGUGGAUUCCAAAGCAUACCUAAUAAGACUUGAAACUAAUUCUGCAGACUGGAUGUACCAAAGUAAUCCACUCAUCCACCUUAAAAAAGAGUCAUCUCAAGGAGCCAAUCACGUAGAAUUUUAUUGUGUUUUGACAUCAUUACAUUUUUCAUUAAUGCUUUUUACUUUAAUAUAUUAUUACCAGCCACUGGAUGGCUUGCUACCAUUUAAAAAGAAAAAAAAAGACAAGAGUUGCAACGUGAUUAAAUUGACUAAAGUCAUGUGUACCUCAGUGGGAGAAAGCCUCUGGCAAAUAACUCAGCAAACGUGCAGACAUUACUUAAUGCUUCAACCUUGGCUUCCAUCUGAUGCUCUUAAUUCCCAACAGUCAGCAUGCUGUGGGGUGGGCUUGGAGGGACACACACAAAUGAAAUGCUUAAUUUAAAAGGGGGAUUUGCUAUAAAAGCUUGUGAAAACGGAUAGCAGAGGAUGGAUGUCUCUGAAAUUUCUGCAGAAAGCUCAGCACAGUUUUAUCCAACAUUCCGUUUAAUGUAAUUUAAAAAAAAACACUAAUUGGGAAUUCCUUCUCCUGUCUGGUUCUGAAAACAUAUCCCCCUCUCUCUAUUUAAAAACACAUGUGUUUUCUUUUAUGAU